AUGUCCUCUGAAGGUGUUAGUUUAGGUGAUAUGUCCUCUGUGGAUGUUAGUUUAGGUGAUAUGUCCUCUGCAGGUGUUAGUUUAGGUGAUAUGUCCUCUGUAGGUGUUAGUUCUGGUGAUAUGUCCUCUGUUGACGUUACUUCAGGUGAUAUGUCCUCUGUAGGUGUUAGUUUACGUGAUAUGUCCUCUGUUGACGUGACUUCAGGUGAUAUGUCCUCUGUAGACGUUACACCGGGUGAUAUGUCCUCUGCAGGUGUUAGUUCUGGUGAUAUGUCCUCUGUGAGUGUUAGUUCUGGUGAUAUGUCCUCUGUAGGUGUUAGUUUAGGUGAUAUGUCCUCUGUAGGUGUUAGUUUAUGUGAUAUGUCCUCUGUAGGUGUAACUUUAGGUGAUAUGUCCUCUGUAGGUGUUAGUUUAGGCGAUAUGUCCUCUGUUGACGUUAGUUUAGUUGAUAUGUCCUCUAUGGUUAUUAGUUUAGGUGAUAUGUCCUCUGUAGGUGUUAGUUUAUGUGAUAUGUCCUCUGUAGGUGUUAGUUUCCGUGAUAUGUCCUCUGUAGGUGUUAGUUUAUGUGAUAUGUCCUCUGUAGGUGUUACUUUAGGUGAUAUAUCCUCUGUAGGUGUUAGUUUAUGUGAUAUGUCCUCUGUGGGUGUUAGUUUAGUUGAUAUGACCUUUGCAGGUGUUAGUUCUGGUGACAUGUCCUCUGUUGAUGUUAGUUUAGGUGAUAUGUCCUCUGUGGAUGUUAGUUUAGGUGAUAUGUCCUCUGUAGGUGUUAGUUCUGGUGAUAUGUCCUCUGUUGACGUGACUUCAGGUGACAUGUCCUCUGUAGGUGUUAGUUCAGGUGAUUUGUCAACUGUAGCUGUUAGUUUAUGUGAUAUGUCCUCUGUUGACGUUAGUUCUUGUGAUAUGUCCUCUGUAGACGUCAGUUCUGGUGAUAUGUCCUCUGUGAGUGUUAGUUCUGGUGAUAUGUCCUCUGUAGGUGUUAGUUUAUGUGAUAUGUCCUCUGUAGGUGUUAGUUUAUGUGAUAUGUCCUCUGUAGGUGUAACUUUAGGUUAUAUGUCCUCUGUGAGUGUUAGUUCUGGUGACAUGUUCUCUGUUGAUGUAAGUUUAGGUGAUAUGUCCUCUGUGGAUGUUAGUUUAGGUGAUAUGUCCUCUGUAGGUGUUACUUUAGGUGAUAUAUCCUCGGUAGGUGUUAGUUUAUGUGAUAUGUCCUCUGUGGGUGUUAGUUUAGUUGAUAUGCCCUUUGCAGGUGUUAGAUCUGGUGACAUGUCCUCUGUUGAUGUUAGUUUAGGUGAUAUGUCCUCUGUGGAUGUUAGUUUAGGUGAUAUGUCCUCUGUAGGUGUUAGUUCUGGUGAUAUGUCCUCUGUUGACGUGACUUCAGGUGACAUGUCCUCUGUAGGUGUUAGUUCAGGUGAUUUGUCAACUGUAGCUGUUAGUUUAUGUGAUAUGUCCUCUGUUGACGUUAGUUCUGGUGAUAUGUCCUCUGUAGACGUCAGUUCUGGUGAUAUGUCCUCUGUGAGUGUUAGUUCUGGUGAUAUGUCCUCUGUAGGUGUUAGUUUAUGUGAUAUGUCCUCUGUAGGUGUUAGUUUAUGUGAUAUGUCCUCUGUAGGUGUAACUUUAGGUGAUAUGUCCUCUGUGAGUGUUAGUUCUGGUGACAUGUUCUCUGUUGAUGUUAGUUUAGGUGAUAUGUCCUCUGUGGAUGUUAGUUUAGGUGAUAUGUCGUCUGCAGGCGUAAGUUUAGGUGAUAUGUCCUCUGUUGGUGUUAGUUUAGGCGAUAUGUCCUCUGUUGACGUUAGGUUAGUUGAUAUGUCCUCUAUGGUUAUUAGUUUAGGUGAUAUGUCCUCUGUAGGUGUUAGUUUAUGUGAUAUGUCCUCUGAAGGUGUUACUUUAGGUGAUAUAUCCUCGGAAGGUGUUAGUUUAUGUGAUAUGUCCUCUGUGGGUGUUAGUUUAGUUGAUAUGCCCUUUGCAGGUGUUAGUUCUGGUGACAUGUUCUCUGUUGAUGUUAGUUUAGGUGAUAUGUCCUCUGUGGAUGUUAGUUUAGGUGAUAUGUCCUCUGCAGGUGUAAGUUUAGGUGAUAUGUCCUCUGUAGGCGUUAGUUCUGGUGAUAUGUCCUCUUUAGGUGUUAGUUCUGGUGACAUUUAUCUGUAGGUGUUAGUUCUGGUGAUAUGUCCUCUGAAGGUGUUAGUUUAGGUGAUAUGUCCUCUGUGGAUGUUAGUUUAGGUGAUAUGUCCUCUG